AUGAAGAUAAAACUCAUUCCCGAUAGAGCGCUCAAAAAACUGGAUGCCAAAGAGAGAGCCGCUGUGGAAGAACUCAUGAAGGAUUACGAGAAAAAAUAUAAAAAUGAGGAGAAGUUUCUGGUGGCACUAAAGAAGAUAUCACCCAAUUUGUACGAAAAGACCAAAAAAUUCUACGAAUUCGUAAAGUCUAGAAUCAAUUCGCUCAGUGAUGAAGCAAAGGCCUACAUGAAGAAAGUUAUCGGAGACACUCGUAAAAUCCAUGCUCAGCUUUUUUUCGGAGAUGAAAAGCUAUCGCUGGAGGAUGUCAGGAAGGCAGUUAGACACCACUAUACUUAUUACCACAGUCUUUCCGAUAUUGCUAAGAAGGAAGUGAAAGUUCAUUUCCCCUACUCACCAUGAUUUUCGAAGAUGAAAAAACGAGAGCGAAAGCGAUGAACUGACAAGCAUGCGAUGGAGUCACAUGAAUGCGCCACAGUAUACUGAUAGAUGUGUAGGAUUUGGUUUCGCUUCAGCAUGUUUGUUCUUUAAAUGAGUCGAUAAAAAUCACUUUUCCCACUUCAAACCGCAGACUGUGAAGAAAAGAAUAAGAUCCUAUGUCAAACGUCCUCUUUUCUUGUAACCUGGG